AUGAGUGCCUCUAUGAGUGCGUGUGCGGCGAGUACUGCCGACACCACAACAAUAAUAACAAAAACAACAACAACACCGUUAAUAUUUGCAGCACCGCCCCCCACAUCAAACACCGACAGAAGUAAAGAUGGCAGGCGUGAGAAGAGCACCCAAACAACGCAACAAUUGUUAACGAGAAAAACAACAAAAGGAGGAGGAGGAGGAGGAGAAGAGUAUAAGGGAGGGGAAAAGACCUCUCUCUCUCAUUCACUACGGCGUGGGAGAGAGGCCGCUCGUACACACGGCAGUUGGAGAGAGAGACGAACAACAACAACAAGAAGAAGAAGAAGAGCAGUGUGUCCACCUACCCCCACCGCAGGGAAAACAGGCAGUACGAAAAAAAAUCAUAAUGAUAAUAAUGAUGAUAAUGAUAAGAAUUGCAGUUGUAAGUGUAAUCACAAUGGUGUUAGUCAUAUUUAUAAUAUUUAUAAUAAUAAUAAUAAUGACAAUAACACUGGUAAUAAUACUAUUAUUAUUCAUCAUAUAUAUGAUUGCUGCAGAAACAGGAAUAAUAAAAAUGGUCAGUGCAGUUCUGGUAAUCAUGCGAUGGAGUCCCACGUCAUGUCUUCCACGUUGAAGAUCGCAUCACUUCCCACCGCAUCUACUCUACCAUGUAUGGGCAAGAAUCAACAAGAAGAAGGAACACCUACUCAUACCAAUAUCAAUACUCCAACAGCAACAAGUACUUGUACGAAUAUAACCAAUACUCCUUCUACUACUACUAUUAUUGCGAAUAUAACCAACACUCCCAUUCUUCCUCCCAUUCCCUCCAUAACGACGGAGACUAUGCCUACCGCCCCUAAAGAUGAUGAGGAUGAGGCAAAGGAAAGGAGACUUCAAAUGAUGCUUGAGGAUACAAAAGUCUACGGAUGUUGGGAAAAGACGAUACCGCAGCGUAGAUAUUGGCGCCAACGCUCAGAUGCACACGCUGCGGCCUUGGAGUUUAUUCGCCAGCGAUACUGCAUGGAAGAUACCAACUAUACUGAUAAUAAUGAUAAUACCAUUCUUAUGAAUGAUGGUACCUGGUAUCCAGAUCAUGGUAUACGGUAUUAUUAA